UCUAACAGUAAAACCUCAGUAAAAGCCCUAACCCCUUUUCCUCCCCUUAAUAUUGUCGUCCCACUUUUAUCUUCUCUUCUCUUCAAUGGCUUCUCGGCUUAGAUCUCUUUCGAAGCCAGCACACUCUUUAUUCAAAUCCGCCACGGCGAAAUCCGUCCCUAACGUCAGACCCACCCCUUCUCUUACCAGCAUCCGCUCUUCUCUCUCGGUUUCAAGGUCAUUUCCUCAGUUGGGUUGUGUUCAAUCUCUGCUCCCUCUUCACUCGGCGAUUUCUUCUGCUCGCCUCACCUCGUGUCUCGCCAUCGACUCGUCAAGCUCAAGAUCUUUGUCUCAGGGUAUGCUUAAUGCCCCUGGAGUUUGAUAUCUCUAAGAAUUGGGUCUUAGUGUGCCGCGAUAAGAGAUUGCAGCUGAGGUAGCAGAAGAAGAUAGAGGUUGGUAGAUCUCAUCAGAGUUAAAGCUUCGCAUGUUAGAUGUCGUUUUCAUCAUCUCUUGAAUUACUUUUCAUGGGUCCCUGGAGCCAGGGAUAUGCAUAGCAUAGCAGCAAGAAUUCAAUUUUCUGAUUCAUUUUGUUGCUACAAUUUGCUAGAGUAUUUUUUUCCACACUAUGUUUUCCUCUCAAUUCUCUCAUUACCAUCAAUUUAUCAGUAUAUCAAACGCAAAGUUUAGUUAAUAAAAUAUUUUUUAAAAAAUUAUCA